CAAAACCACUCUUUGGUUUGUCCAUCAUGGCUGCGCCCCUAGUUCAAUGUGAAAGUAAGCGAUCAUGCUGCCAUGAAGUAACCUUGCGCUUCGUAUAGAGUCACCGAAGUAUGUUGGAAUUUCAGCGAUAGCUUGGCCAGAUAAGUUAAUAUCAUAAAUGGCUUUCCGUGUGAGCAUCUCGAUUUUCGGGAAAUCUUUACGUGUUCCGAGAGUUGCUAACGUGUCUGCGCCACUGGAAAAUGCGUCACCGUUUCUGAGAACGGGAUGGGCUGCCCGUCGUCCAGGGACCAAUAAUGGACACGGUUUUCGCUUCACUCCUGCCUGUUUUAUUACAUCGGAUGCGUUUUUGAGCAGACUGGAGAAAGGCAAAGCGGCGGAGACAGAUGACACUCUUUAUCACAAUCCAGCCUCAGUUCUGCCCGACAGCGCUGAACAAUUAUCAUUGCUGGUGAAGGAUCCAGAUCAACCAGAGAACUCAAAGGUUUUAAGAGUGGCCAUCAUUGGUGCCCCAAAUGCUGGGAAGUCCACACUGUCCAACCAACUGCUUGGCAGAAAGGUGUUUGCUGUUUCCAAGAAAGUGCACACCACACGGUCCCGUGCCCUUGGCGUUCUCACAGAAGACGACACACAAAUUAUUUUACUGGACACUCCUGGACUCACUACACCUACAAAAGUCAAGAGGCACCAGCUGGAGAAGUCUCUCCUCGAGGAUCCUUGGAAUACAGUCAAGGAAGCUAGUCUUGUGGUGGUAAUGGUAGAUGUGUCAGACAAGUGGGCCUGCAACAAGCUAGACUUUGAGGUCCUGAAAUGCCUGACCCAAUACCCAGAUAUCCCAGCAGUCCUAGUUCUCAAUAAGGUAGACAUGCUGAAGAGCAAGAGCAGGUUGUUGGAGAUCACAGCAGAUCUGACAUGUGGAGUGGUGAACGGCCGGAAGCUGCAGGUCCGCAGGGUGAUCAAGCCACCCUGGGCUGAGAGGAGGACAGACAGGGAGGCUAGGACAUCAGGGUCUGGAGAUGAGGACAAGCCGGGUGGUGAUGUGGCUCAUGGUGAGGGCAGUGAGGCCCAGUCAGGGCUGAGUAAGGAGCAGCUUAGGGCUCUGAAGACCCAACAGGGCUGGGCUCACUUCAAGGACGUCUUCAUGCUCUCUGCUGUGGAUGGAGAGGAUGUGGAGACACUGAAGAGAUACCUAGUAGUGGGGGCAAAGCCUGGGUCUUGGCAAUACCACAGUGAUGUCCUGACAGAUCAGACUCCUGAGGAGAUCUGCACCAACACUGUCAGAGAGAAGCUUCUGGAAUAUCUGCCCAAAGAAGUCCCUUACACAAUGACGCAGGCCAUUGACUUGUGGCACGACAGGGAGAAUGGAGAGCUGGAUAUAGCAGUAAAACUGUAUGUGAAGAAAGAAAGUCACAUGAAAAUGGUGAUUGGCCAGGCUGGUCAGAUGGUUGCCAGGAUAGCCAGAGAGGCUGGAGACGACCUGAGCACAGUGUUCCUCAGGGAGGUCAAGCUGAGGCUCUCUGUGAAGGUGAAGAACUGACGAGGAUUAUGAUGAACUGAGUGUUAUGAUCAUCUGGGGGACAGUUUUAUGGUGGCCUUGUGAAUAGGAAAUGAACACUGUUGGACUCACUAUUUUCAAGGAAAGAUCUGACUGGUUUCUUCUUCUUGACUAUCAAAUCAAAGUUUAUUUGUCACAUGCACCGAGUACAACCGGUGUAGACCUUUACAGUGAAAUGCUUACUUACAGGCUCUAACCAAUAGUGCAAAAAAGGUAUUAGGGGAACAAUAGGUAAGUAAAGAAAUAAAACAACAGUGAAAAAUAACAGUAGUGAGGCUAUAUACAGACACCGGUUAGUCAGGCUGAUUGAGGUAGUUUAUACAUGUAGAUAUGGUUCAAGUGACUAUGCAUAUAUGAUGAACAUGAGUGUAGCAGUAGCGUAAAAGGGGUUGGUGGGUAGUGGGACACAAUGCUGAAAGCCCGGUUAGCCAAUGUGCGGGAGCACUGGUUGGUUGGGCCAAUUGAGGUAGUAUGUACAUGAAUGUAUAGUUAAAAUGACUGCAUAUAUGAUAAACAGAGAGUCGCAGCAGUGUAAAGAGGGCGGAGGCACACAAUGCAAAUAGUCCGGGUAGCCAUUUGAUUACCUGUUCAGGAGUCUUAUGGCUUGGGGGUAAAAACUGUUGAGAAGCCUUUUUGUCCCAGACCUGGCACUCUGGUACCGCUUGCCAUGCGGUAGUAUAGAGAACAGUCUAUGUUUGGGGUGGCUGGGGUCUUUGACAAUUUUUAGGACCUUCCUCUGACACCGCCUGGUGUAGAGGUCAUGGAUGGCAGGCUACUUAGCCCCAGUGAUGUACUGGGCCGUACGCACUACCCUCUGUAGUGCCUUGCGGUCAGAGGCCGAGCAAUUGCCGUACCAGGCAGUGAUGCAACCAGUCAGGAUGCUCUCGAUGUUGCAGCUGUAGAACCUUUUAAGGAUCUCAGGACCCAUGCCAAAUCUUUUUAGUUUCCUGAGGGGAAAUAGGCUUUGGACAGACCUGUAGCUAAAAUGUGCUGCUGAGAGCUUGUAAUGGCUCAUCAUGAGUCAGCUAGUGAGAGAACUAUCAGAAACAGAGAGACAGCACUCUCUCCCCUGGAACUUGGUCCCAGCCUCAUCUACAGUCACUUCUCUCAAGCGUCAGAAUACUGUGUUCUUGCAUAAGCAUUCUUCUUACGUAAAAGAUGACUUGCAGAUAUUUGUUUUUCCUUUCAGAGCUUCUGUAAGAUUUUCUUUUAAUUUCAAUUUUGACCUCUUAAUUAAACAGCUAUAUUUUGA